AUGAAUAACCUAGGUAUCCGUGGGCUUCGGAUUAAUGUGCAAGUCGAUGGAAAGAGUACCGACGUUGAAGCUCUCCGCAGAGUGGUCGUCGAAACAGCCGCAAGGAUCAAGGCCCUCCCCAACUGGAAGGUUCAGCUCUUUUGCGCUGCGUCAAUAUGGGAUGAUCUAUUUGAUACCAUAUCCGACCUUCCAGUCGAAGUCAUCGCCGACCACGUAGGCGGACUGCGGGGCUCCUCUAAGCUAGAGCCAACUAGUGGAACGCAGGCGAUUGAUCCGACCGAACAGCCCGGGUUCGGGUCUCUGGUCAGACUGGCUGAAGCUUCAAAAGUGAUCAUCAAAAUCUCAGGACUUUAUCGACUCUCAAGCCAUGCAGAGUCCGGAUACGACGACAUGGAGCCGGUUAUCAAGGCCCUGGCUGAGAGAGUACCUGAUCGGUUAAUUUGGGGCAGUGACUGGCCACACACCGGCGAGGGCAAGGAUCGCUUGAAACGAGGGAAAGAUGCCAUCGAGGAGUUCCGAGUAAUCGACAAUGAUCUGAUUGUCAGAAAUCUCAGAACUUGGAUCGGAAGCGAGGAGACAUGGGGGAAGGUCACGGCGAGAAACCCGAAGAAGUUUUAUGAGUAG